UUUAUUUUCAAAGUAGGCGGUUGUGCUUUCGCGGUCGCCACUAGUCGGUUAUUUUCGUGUUGGGAUAUUAGGGUGGCUUUUGGUAGCUUAUCCAGCCCAUUGCUGUAACACACAUAUAGUAUUAUCACCUAGGUAGCAAUAAGUGUCAAACGAGAAGCAAAUUACAAAUAAAGGCAUAAAUUAAUAAUUGCCUUACCAGGAAGUUAACGCAUUAAAAGCAAUUCACGAAGAAGCAUACAAAAAGCAGCAGGCAAAAUGUUCUCACGGCCCAGCAUAUGCGGAAAUCUCAGCAAAUUGUGCCGCAACGGCACGGCGACAGCGACUGCAACUGCAACGCCGGCAGCAGCCAACUCGGCUCUGGCCCUCUGCACGGCACGAGGCUAUCAUGAAGUGGUGGGCGAUAUCAUCUGCCCCUCUCAAGUUCGUGGCAUCGAUCACAUACGCGAUCCUCGAUUAAAUAAGGGCUUGGCCUUUACACUAGAAGAACGUCAGGUAUUGGGCAUUCAUGGCUUGCAACCGGCACGUUUUAAGACUCAGGAAGAGCAGCUGCAGCUCUGCAAGAUUGCUGUCAAUCGGUAUACGGAACCAUUGAACAAGUAUCUGUAUCUCAGUGAUCUGCACGAUCGUAAUGAGCGUCUUUUCUUCCGCUUUCUAUCGGAGAACAUUGAGGAUUUAAUGCCCAUUGUUUACACUCCCACCGUGGGAUUGGCUUGCCAGCGUUUCGGCUUGAUUUAUAGGCGUCCGCAUGGUUUGUUUGUCACGUUCAAUGAUAGAGGACACAUUUUUGAUGUGAUGAAGAACUGGCCCGAGCCAAAUGUCCGAGCCAUUUGUGUGACAGACGGCGAGCGUAUUCUGGGUCUUGGCGAUCUGGGGGCCUGUGGCAUGGGCAUUCCUGUUGGUAAACUGGCUUUGUACACUGCCCUGGCUGGCAUUAAGCCGCAUCAGUGCCUGCCCAUUGUGGUGGAUGUUGGCACCAAUAAUAUUGAUCUCCUGGAAGAUCCUCUAUAUGUGGGUCUGCGUCAAAAGCGUGUCGUGGGACGGGAAUAUGAUGAUUUUAUUGAUGAGUUCAUGGAGGCAGUGGUCAAACGCUACGGCCAGAACACACUGAUCCAGUUCGAGGACUUUGGCAAUCAUAAUGCAUUUAGAUUCCUGGAUAAAUACCGCAACACCUAUUGCACCUUCAACGAUGAUAUACAGGGAACAGCCGCUGUGGCUGUGGCUGGUUUGUAUGCGUCCAAACGCAUCACCGGAAAGUCCUUUAAGGAUUACACCUUCUUGUUUGCCGGAGCCGGCGAGGCCGCCAUCGGCAUUGCCGAUUUAGUUGUCAAGGCCAUGGUGGCGGAAGGCGUUUCAAUUGAAGAGGCCUACAGCAAGAUCUACAUGGUGGAUAUUGAUGGUCUUUUGACUACAACUCGCAAAGUUGGUAGUUUAGAUGGCCACAAGGUUAACUAUGCCAAGAACCACGAACCCAUGGCCGAUUUGGAGGAAAUUGUGACCGCUAUCAAACCCAAUGUGCUUAUUGGUGCUUCGGCUUGUGCUGGACUGUUCACACCCAAGAUUCUGCGCACCAUGGCGGAUAACAACGAUAGGCCAGUGGUGUUUGCUCUCUCGAAUCCAACCAGCAAAGCAGAGUGUACUGCCGAAGAGGCAUACCAAAAUACAGAUGCUCGCGUGAUCUUCUCGUCUGGAUCACCUUUCCCACCAGUGAAAAUGGGCGAUAAGACCUACUAUCCGGGUCAGGGCAACAAUGCCUACAUCUUCCCCGGAGUGGGUCUGGGUGUUAUCUGCACUGGAACUCACCAUAUUCCCGAUGAAAUGUUCCUAAUUGCCGCCCAAGAGCUGGCCAAUUUCGUUGAGCCCAGCGAUAUUGAGCGCGGUUCGUUGUACCCUCCUCUGCAAAGCAUCCGUGAUGUGUCCAUGAACAUAGCCAUUGGUGUAACAAAGUGUGCCUAUGACAAUGGUCUGGCGUCUACUUAUCCAGAACCCCAGGACAAACGCAAGUGGCUGGAGGAUCAAUUGUACAAUUUCAAUUAUGAGACAUCGAUGCCUGUGACCUGGACCUGGCCACGAAUGCCCUACAUUAAGACUCGAGAUGAGAGCCCGCUAAUUGCCGCCAUCAAAUAAGCAAGCGUUCAAGUUCACGUUGAUGGCACCCACUCUGUCUUGCAUCCUAACCCACUUAUCGUACUUGUACACCAUCAGCACCAAAACUCUAUCCAGCCACUAACCAAGCCUCUAGAACAUAGACAACUUUCAACUGCUUCGAUUGAUUAUAUUCGUUCGCCGUCAUGUUGCCCCGAGCAUCGAGCUACCAUUGUGAUUAACAAUAUCGUGACUCGUAGAAAACGUUACAGAAAAAAAAAAACACAGAGGCAACGCAAUGAUCAUUAUAUGUAUUUUCCAACUAUGUUUCUAAUUUUACGCACUUGUUGAAUCUAUGUUUAUAAUGUUUUAAUUUGUAUAAAUUAUAAUGUUUAUGGUUUUGUGAUCGAUCGAAUGUGAUGACAACAUUUGAUGAUGACGUUAACAUGUCGACAUGACGCCCAGACAUCGACGAGACUAUAAAAAAACCCAACGACGCAGUAUUCUAAUAAUGUAUCUAUCUAUCCCAUUAAUAACUAUUUGCUUUGUGCUAUGUUUAAUUUGCUGUUCCUAACCACAAUUGGCUUUGCAGUUAUUCUGUUUCCUUUCUCUUACUACUACAUACUACUACUAUUCUUAGUUAUUUUUAUCUUUUGCUUCAAACUAACUAAUUCUGAAGGCGGCGAUCUAGACGAGGCUAAGAAACAAACAAAAAAUCCAAAUAUUAACAUGAAAUCCAAACAAUUGAUAUAUAUAUAUAUUUUUUUGCUAUGUUUCUUUCGUUGCCAUCUAUAGAAAAUCAAGAAGAAGAAAUUAUAUAGUUUCUUCAAAUAUCCCCCCUGCAACCCCACAAAAACAAAAAAAAAAACAAUCGACCAUCUAGCACAAUUGGCUAAUGACAGCAACUACUGAAACGGUGAGAGAAAAUCCAAAACCCCAAACCAGAAACAAAACUAACUUACAAAUGCAGCUGCUAACCUUUAAAUUUUGUUUUUUAACUAUCUAAGUAAUGAGUUUUAGUUUAAUACGAGUAUGUAACUUGUAGACGUAUAUAGUUUCUAUAUACAAUACAAUUGUUUUAUAGGGAUACACAAAAUGAUCAAGAUGAUGUUUGUUGUUAAACUAUGUCUGAUAUUUAUUAAUGCAAUUAAAUAGCUUUGUUAUAAUUUAUGGUUAAA